AUACUUUUUUUUACUUAUCUGAACAUUUACAGAAUGAACCAAAAAAAAUCAAAUAUGGAUCUCAAUCAUCAUAUAUUGGAGACUAUGUUUGAAAAAUCACUCUUUUCUGAUUUGUCAUUGGCCUUCUUCCAUUCAUCGUUUCCCUUUACUAUGCGCUUUGAUGUCCAUAAGGCCAUUGUAGCUCAAUCACCUUUCUUCAAGCUAUUACUCGACAAUACUCAUCGUAUUACCACUAUUGAUACAACUUGCGAAAAGAAAUUAAAAGACAACGACAACCACAGUGGUACUUUACACCUUACUAUUGAUCUUAUCGAGGCCAUGACGCGACGUGGCUUUGUUAUGGCACCCUUUCAACAUAUUAUACGAAGACAAUGGCAAAAACCUCUUACUACUGGAAAGGAAAAUACUUCUUCACCAUCCAAUGAUAAUCAAUCAAAAAAUGAUCAACCGCAACAUAUCCUUUCUUCUCACCUACGAUUUGCCUUGAAAUGGUUAUAUACUUCUGAUAGGACACCUUUGGUCAAAACUCUGACGGAUGAAGAUACAUUACGCGUUUUGUGUGUGGCAGUAUUAUUUGACUUGGAAGCACUGGUGGAUGACUGUUUACAACGAUAUACAACACAUCAAUUAUCGAUCGAUACUGUUGUACGUGAUUUAGAAACAAUUUGCCAAUUACCAAGGAAUCACAAAGCUUACAAUCAACUUCGAGAUGCAGCUCUUCUUUUAUUACUACGCUAUGGUCCUGAUCAUCCUCGUCAUCUUGCUCGAUUACCAGUGGACUACAUGUCAGAUGUAUUGAGUGCGGAUUUAUUGUUUGUGGGAUGCGAAUAUGAAAGAUACUGCUUAUUACGAGAAGUCUUGGUCGCCUUUAUGCAAUCAGUUGGAAAAAUCACUUGGACCAACGCUGGACCAGUGGAUCAAGAUAGUAAACGAUUAUCUGGCUUUGUACGACAUCCAUUACUUUCACAAGAUCAAUUGGAUAGAAAACGCGAUAUUCAACGUCAACAUAAUUUAUCAGCAUCCGAUGUUCGACAAUCUAGUCAAAAACGAAAACGAAUUCCAUCUGAAGAACUUAUUGAUAUUCCCAUCAAUCGUAAUGAUACAUCUCAAAAAAAAUCAACUUCUGGUCACAAACAACAACGACUUUCUAGGCUCAGUUUCUCUGCAUGUGUUCCAUUUGAAAGACUGGUGGCUGAUGCAUCUUCUGGUGGUGUGAUUGACAAAGCAACGAUCCUUUCUUAUCUAUUACGAACAACAGUGAAUUAUAGCAACAUGACCUUUGAUCAACUAUCCAUUGUACGCGAAGAUGGUAUUGUAGAUGAAAGUAUUGUAUUUAGGGCUCUUUGGCAACGCGAAGCAUUAGAACGUCUUUUAUUUCCUUUCAACUAUCAGCAAAGUCAAUCCAUGUUAUCUAGUUCACCUAUACCGUCCGUUGAAGUAUCGACAUUAUCAGAUCAAAACAAUGAAGAACAAGAUGCGAUUCCUCGUUUUGGCAAAUUGAAUUCAGGCAAUGAACAACAAUCAAAAGGUGAACGAAGGGUAGCUUUGGAUGAAUACUUUGAUGUGGAUAAUUCGGAUGAUCAAGAACGACGGCGACGUAUUUUAUUGGGAUCACCAAGAUUCCGGUUCUGUGCAACAGUGCAAAUGAUACUACCUUCUGAUGACGAUCUUGCUGGUUGGGAUUUGGUCGAACUGGUGGACAAAUCUUCUGAUACAAUGUUACCAAAUUCAACAACAACAAGAAACAAGAAUAAUGAUGAUGAUGAUGAUGAUGUAUCAAACAAUGAUGAUGAAGACAAAGAAGAGAAUGUGGAACAACCGUAUACUCAGCAUGACACAACAACAAUAAUGACAACCAAAAGCAGUAAGAAGCAACAAUAUGUAUCAGGAAAAGUGUAUAACAAAAUAAUGUACUCUGAAGCGGAAUAUAUUCUUGGUCAUUGGCAUCGUGUUCGUGUGGAAGCACAAAUUCUACCUCGAUCUUUAUUACAAAUUCAAGAUGAUGAUGAUGAUGGGGUGACAACUGGAAAAUAUCAAGAGGAUGAAGAUAAUGAUAAUGGACAAGUAGUAGUCUGUCGCUUUGAACUUCAACGAGAUAGAACAGCCCAAGAUCAUGUCGAUGCUAUGGAUACUCCGAUUGUUGGCAAGACAAAUCAAGACUUUGAAUCAGCAUCACACCGAAGCAAGAUUCGAUAUGCUAUCUAUUGCCUGAAUCGACAUGAAGGAUUAGUAAAGAAUGAUCAAGUGGAUGUGGAAGAUAGGGUGCUAGUACCAGUAUCUGAAGUGACUGAAUCAGACGAUCCCUUGGAACGAUCAUCAGGUUAUGUUGGACAAAUCAAAUUGGAUACAACAUCUUUAGGAAAUAGGAAGAUAAUCGAUGUGGAUAUGAUGGUGGCUCUGGAGAUCUUUGGAUUUCACAAAGUAUAGUUUUAGUUCAAUAUUAGUCUAGUCUGUUUAUGUUAAUAAAAAUCAAAUUUAUUGCGCUUUUU